AUGGUCGGCACCCUGCCGCCCGAGUCCUCCGCCGCCGCGGCUUACGCCGCCGCUGCCGAGGCCGCCACGCGCGCGGCUGAUGCUAGCACCACUGCUGCUGCUCAGCGUCUCGCCGCCCGCAAGGAAGCCCGCGCCGCCGCCCUCGCCCGCGUCGUCACGGCUGAGGCUGAGGCUGCCGCUGCCGCGCAGGAGCGCGACGUCGCCGAUGCCCGCCUUCGCAAGGCCCUGGCGCGCGCCGCCCACGAGUGCAAGGGUGCCCCGCCUGACUCCGACGAGGAGGACGACAUGAUGCUCCACGAGGCCGCCGCCGUCCUCAACCUGCAAGCCCAGGCCGUCGCCAUGCAGAACAUUCGGAGCCUCAUCCCCAUCAUCCUCAACACCGCCGCCAACAACUACUCACGGUGGUGUGAGCAGUUUCUCCUCACCGUCGGCAAGUAUUCGCUGCAGGAUCACAUUCUCCAUGACGUUCCCGCCUUGGCCUUUCCUGAUUGGGGCCGGAUGGUCUGCGUCAUCCGAUCUUGUCUCUACGACACCAUUGCCAUCGACCUCGUCGACAUCAUCAUGGAUCGCGGCGAGCGCGACACCACCGGCUGCGCCACCUGGCUCGCCAUUGAGAUGCAAUUUCUUGGCAACUGGGAGACACGGGCCCUCUACCUCGAUGCCAAGUUUCGGACCUUCGUCCAGAGCGACUUGUCCAUUACGGACUACUGCCGCCGCUUCAAGAGCAUGGCGGAUGCCCUCGGUGAUCUUGGCGAGCAAGUUUCCGACCGUACCCUCAUCUUGAACAUCAUCCGUGGGCUCAACGAGAAGUUUGCUGCUGUCGGCCGCAACACCUGGUGCUCUCGUCCUCUUCACUCCUUCCUGGAGGCCCGUGACGAUCUGCUUCUCGAGGAGCUCACGAUGGCGCCUCCUUCCUCGACUCCGUCCACGGCGCUGCUCACCGGCGUCAACAUUGGCUCCUCCUCUCGCCCCUCUGCGCCUCUCCACCAGUCUGCUGGGCGUUCCGGCUCCGGGGGCAGCAAGAGGGGGCCCUCCUCCAAGCAGAAGCGGGACAGGGGCCGGCGUGACAGUCAGCAACGGCAGGGCAGUGGCAACGAUAGCAAGGCCCUUACCGCCGGUGCUUAG